AUGGACGCACAGAACUUAGCGAAUGCACAGCAACCUGGACAACCAAACCCAGAGAAUAUUCCAAAUGAAGUUAGAAUACAAACUGCAAUGGCAAACUAUGGUCAGGUGCCAACAGAUGUACAAAUGCAAACUGCCAUGUCAAAUGACGCUGCGUUAAGUUUGCCACCAUGGUAUGCAAAUAUGAGAUGGAAAGAGUUUUAUACAAACCCUGAAGUGGGAUAUAAACAACUUUAUGCAGAUGACGCGAACACAGGA